ACGAUCCACUGUGAGGUCGACACCAGAUCCAGAGGGGUCUACUGCUUCAACACAGCAUUGAGCUACACCUCCACCUCCACCGCCACCACCUAUUACCCCAUCUUCUGAGCCUGCAAUUGGAUCAACCUCUGGUCAUGAAGGUCAUUCAGUUGGGGCAGCACCAAUAUCAUCGAUGGAUGGCCUAUCACUCACUACAUUUGGAAGAAAGAAAAGAAUAAAGCUCAUUAAUGGCACGUUACAUCCAUCUGAGGAAUGUGCUAAGAAGAUGAAGAAUAUCUUCAAGGAGAGGAUGGACCCAGAGGGGCACUGUUGGAAAACUAUCACGCCUGAAACAAAAGAGUUUUACUGGGAUGAAUUUCAAAAAUACUUUGAUUGGCAAGAGGUGACUCCACUAGUAAAGGAAGCUUGGAGGCGUAAGGCUGCAGAGCGCUAUAAGGCCCUAAUGUGCAAUGUCAGGAAAGGAAAAUCCAAGGUCAUCGUGCCUAAUAGUACAAUGAAAAAAUGGAAGGAGGCAUGGAGUAGCCCAGAGUUUAAAGCCAAGAGCCAUCAGUUCACUGCUAACCAUUGUAGUGAGAUAGGGGGAGUUGGGGCAGGCAUCUCUAGACACACAGGGGGUUCAGUUUCACAUGCUACUCACGCAGAUAGAAUGGAAGCCCAGCUUGGCCGAAGACCUUUUCCUUAUGAACUUUUCCAUAAGACCCACACUAGGAAAGGCACCUCCAAUAUGGUUGAUUCACAAGCGCAAUCAAUUAAGGAUGCAUUUUUGGCGCUUAAGGAGCAGUCGUCUCAACCACAAGAGGGGUGCAGUGACCCUCCUAUUAUAGAUGAGGUCGCACUAUAUUAUCAAGUUGUGGGGGGGGAGAAGAAGAACAGGGUUUAUGGCAUUGGAUCUCAAGCAUCAAUUUUUUACCCUAGCUCAUCACAUGGAUCAUCUUCUACUGCAUCCUAUUGUGCUCAGUCAGAGGCAAUGGAGGAAGAGAUUCAACAAUUGCAUCAGACUGUUGCAACGCUCAAGGAUAGUUUGGUUGCAAUGGAGGAGAGAGAUCGACAACGCGAGUUGAUGCUAGAGGAGAGAUAUAGACAACGUAAGCAGACACUGGAGGAGCGCAUGCAACAAAUGAUGCAAAACAUGAUGGCACAAAUGAUGCACGGUACGCAGUUUACAGCCCCAACUCCACAUGCGACUCAUCAAGAUGAUGGUAGAGAGGCUGAUAGUGGUGAUGAGUGA